AUGAACGCCCCUGGGGGUGACCGAACUGAGCUCCUCUACGAGCUAGGUUUGUCAGAGGAAGAAGAACUCCUGCUCCUCGAGAAAGAAUCGUUUGAAGCGCAAUAUUGGCUUGAAAGACGCAAAGAUCAAGAACAUCGCGAUGAAUCUCUAGCCAGGGCGAUCCAAGAUAGUCUACUCGAAUCAGACUUCCCGCCGCAAUCCCCAGCUCCCCCUCCCCCGGCCCAAUCGACCGUCAAUCGCGAACCGGCACCUUCGAUACGAACGUCUUCGCCACCCGCGCUCUACAUUCCCCAGCUUUCUAUGAGAGGGUUGUCAUCCAACACAAGUCAUAGACCCCGGAACAAUACUGCCCGGACUGCUGCGGACAUCCAGCAGGAUCUCAUCGAUCUUACAGGCAGUGGCCCUGCUAUUUCCGGCAAUCGCGCCAUACCAUUGGGCUUCGCGCCGGCCCCCGCCCGCGGCAGUCAAUUGCCUCAACAAUUUCCAUCGCCUAUGUACGAUUUCAGUGACCCUCAUUCACUACCGAGCCUGCCUCCUGGCCACGCUGGACUUGAAGCAUAUCGCCAAUAUGCCUCAAUGCCCGGAAACUUUCCAGCUCCUGCAGCCAACUUUAACCCCUACUACCAGCUCAACUCCAUAAAAGGCCAAGAGCCGCCCUUACCUUGGAAUGCCAGCGCAAUUCAUCCACCAGGAAAUAUUAUACAGGACUACGAUGGCCCUUCCAAUCCUGCUGAAAUGAAAAAGGAAUUGGAAAGUCUCCUCGAAAAUAUUCGCCCUGACGAAGAUCUCAAAUGUAACGGUCAGAGUACACCCGAGGCUAUGAAAUUUAAAUUAAUGGAGCACCAAAAAUAUGGGCUGGCGUGGAUGAAGGCAAUGGAAGAAGGCUCUAAUCAUGGAGGUAUCCUGGCCGACGAUAUGGGGUUAGGGAAGACCAUUCAAGCGUUGGCACUCAUCGUCUCCAGGCCGUCGCCCGAUCCCGAGUUAAAGACUACCCUCGUCGUUGCGCCUGUCUCGCUGAUGCAUCAGUGGAAGCGCGAGAUCGAACAGAAACUGAAGCAGGGCCGCCAUCAGCUCUCCGUUUACAUUCUCCAUGGCGAUAAGAGGGGAACUUCUUUUUCAAAAUUGAAAAGGUGCGAUGUUGUAUUAACAUCCUUUGGCACUCUUGCCUCUGAGUUCAAACGUAAAGAGGAACUAGAGAAAUAUUUCAAGGAAAAUCCUGCCCGUCGCGAUGAUCAUUCGCUGUAUGCACAAAUGCCUAUCCUUGGAAUUCUAUCCAAAUGGUACCGUGUCAUUGUCGACGAAGCCCAGUGCAUUAAGAACAAGAAUACUAAGGCCGCACGAGCCUGCUAUGCCAUCAGGUCCACCUACCGAUGGUGCAUGAGUGGAACGCCGAUGAUGAACAACGUGACAGAACUUUAUUCUCUUCUUCGCUUUCUUCGAAUUGGGCCGUAUAACAUGGCGGAAACGUUCGACGCUACGUUUACUCGGCCUCUAAAAAGCACCGAGAAAGAACAAGAGUUAGCCAUGAGAAAACUGCAGGCGUUAUUAAAAGCUAUCCUCCUUCGCCGAACCAAGUCCUCAAAGAUCAACGGGAGGCCAAUUUUGCAGCUGCCGCCUCGCACAACCGAAAAGGUGCAUGCAGUUUUUAGUGAGGAUGAACAGUUGGUUUAUUCAGGCCUUGAGGCAAAGACUCAAAUUCAAUUUAAUAGAUACCUGGACGCUGGGACAGUCGGUGCCCACUACUCAAGUGUCUUGGUGAUGCUGCUUCGGCUUCGCCAGGCCUGCUGCCAUCCACACUUGAUACAGUUUUUCAACGACGAUAAUAAUGUCAAUCUCUCUAAUGUUGAUUUAAAGGCCAACGCUAAAUUGCUAAGCCCCGGGGUUGUUGCUCGCUUGAGGGAGAAUGGGAAUUCUGAGUGCCCUGUUUGCAUCGAUGCCGUGGAAAAUCCCAUUAUUUUCUUUCCCUGCGGACACAGCACUUGUGCAGAAUGUUUCGCAAAAAUAUCUGAUCCGUCUCGAGGCGUAGCCGAAGGCACCGAUGGGGCUUUUGAAGUCAAAUGUCCAAACUGCCGUGCAAAAGUUGACCCAAAAAAGGUCACCGACAGCCUGUCGUUCCGAAAAGUUCAUUUCCCUGGGGACGAUGAUUCUAAUGAGAUUGAUGCCCGGAGCAAUUGCCAGGAGGGUGAUAGUGAAGACGAUGAUUCGGAUAGCGAUGGCCUAGACGAUUUCAUUGUUGACGAUGAGAACGAGGAUGAGGAUGCAGACCGUUCCGGAUCGAAGAAAAGAAAGCGCAAAGCUAAAGUUGGCAACAAGAAAAAUCUAGCGACGCUGAAAAAGGAGUCCCAAAAGAAUGCAAAAGCAAAAAAGCGAUACUUGCGGCGCUUGGAGAAGAGGUGGGAGACAAGUGCUAAAAUUGAAAAGACGCUCGAAAUUCUCCGCGAGACUGAAACCCGUGGCGAGGGAGAGAAAACAAUCAUCUUUAGCCAAUUCACCACCCUACUUGACCUCUUAGAAGUUCCCAUUAUGAAAGAAGGAUGGAAAUACAGGCGAUACGAUGGCAGUAUGAGCCCCAUCCAGCGAAACGAAGCAGUGUUGGAAUUCACCGAUAGUCAAGAUUGCAAGAUCAUGCUCGUGUCUUUAAAGGCCGGUAACGCUGGGCUUAAUUUGGUUGCUGCAUCCCAAGUCAUCAUCUUCGACCCCUUCUGGAACCCGUACAUUGAAGAACAGGCCAUUGAUCGAGCCCAUCGCAUUGGGCAAACUCGGCCAGUUAUCGUGCAUCGAAUCCUCGUGGAAAACACAGUUGAGGACCGCAUCCUGGAGCUGCAGGAGCAGAAAAGAGAACUGAUUGAAAACGCGUUGGACGAGAAAGCGAGUAAAAGCCUUGGUCGGUUGGGAACUCGUGAACUUGCGUUUUUAUUUGGCCUUGCUUCCAGAAGAUAA